GGUCUCCACGACACGGCGGGCUGUGCGCGCGGGUCUUCGUUUUUUUUUUAAAAGCGCUCGUCUUCGGUUAGUGUUCAGUUUGCGUGAGUUUUUAGUUUAAAACGGUAUAAAAAAUGCCCUUGACUUUUGGAUUCGAAUAAAUGUUUGACAGAUACGGCCGCUCUUUUGUUUCCUGGUAUCCUGUCCAGUCCUGUCCAAUCGGUGUGUCCUCGGGAUGAGGCUCCAGUGCGACGUGGAAGUGGUCAAUCGGAUGCUUCCGACCUGCGGGAUGAGGAGCCGUGGAAAGGGCACGAGGGCGGUGCUGUCCAUCGGGAGACACGUGGACAAGACCACAAGCGUCCAGCACGUGUACUUGCUGAUCUGCACAGGCAGGGACAAGGCGGGCACCAAGUACAAGUUAAAGGAGAAUAUUGAGAAGUUCUUCACCUUGUUUGUUGAUGAAGGCAAAGCCACUGUACGAUUGAAGGAGCCGGCUGUGGAUGUCUGCUUGAGCAAGGCCAAUGUCAACAGCCUGAAGAACUUUCUCUCUGCAGCCAGGCUGGCUGACAAAGGAAACGACACAGAGGUGCUUCCUCUAUCCACUCUUGUGCCCAUACGGGCUCGGGAUGUGGAGAGACCCAAGAAGAAGUUAACCAUCCACUCUCAGAAAGAAUAUCCACUGACAUCCAGCUUCCCCUCCUCCCUUGAGCAGCUUGCGAUAUCUUACUGCAGGCUUUCCCGCGUAGACACACGUGUGCUCUCCCUGCAAUGCCUGCGACGUCUAGAUCUCAGCAACAACUACAUCAAGAGGCUCCCAGCUGCCCUUGGUGACCUGGCCUUCCUGGCUGAGCUCAUCCUGACCAGCAACCACCUGGAAGCAUUUCCUGUAACUCUGUGUCACUCAGGCCUGCAGCACACCCUCCAGUACUUGGAUCUGAGCCAGAACCACCUGGUCUGCCUCCCCAUCCACUUCGGCCGGCUACGUGAGCUGGUCCAACUAAAGCUGGAUUCAAACCGGCUGACCCAACUGCCACCAGGCUUUGGCCGGCUCACCAAGCUGCAGUCCUUCUCAGCCACACAUAACCAGCUCCCCUUCCUGCCUUCUGACUUCCUGCACCUCAGGCUCCAGAAUCUGGACCUUUUUGGGAACCCUUUCAACCAGAACAACCCUUUUGACUAUACCAUGCAUCUCACCUUCCCACUAACAUUGCUGGAAAUGGCCUCCAGGGCUGUAGUGAAUCACAGAAUCCCCUAUGGACCCCAGCUCAUUCCAGCCCACCUCUGUGAGGAUCUGGAACUGGCCAAGAGGUGUGACUGUGGUGAGGCCUGCCUGGGGGCUUUCAUUGAGACCGCCAUCACCAUGAACAUGCACCUCGUCUCCCACACAGUGGUGCUGGUGGACGAUAUGGCUGGGACAGAUGCCCCUGUGCAGCGCUACUUCUGUUCCCUCACCUGCUAUUCUGCGUUUCUGGACAGCUGUCUGCAGCGCGGCUUGAGGUGACUUCCAGAAGCACCGGGGUAUGGGGAAAGGCACAGCAGUCAGCUUUGUGUUGGUGCCGGCCAGACCCAGCACCCAGGAACGGUCUGUCGGCCGCAUAUCAGUGCUCCUUUUGACAUGCACCGCUCUUUGGACUCUACACCAAACAGUACAGAUAUGUUCUGAGGGAGAGGUAAUAAAUGAUCACUUUCGCAGCUUGAGAAACCUGAAAUAACUUUUUGUUGCAUUUUCUUGAACGCUUAGUCCAAACCGUUGAGCCGACGCUUACCUCUCAGAUAUUUCAUAUAUAAAAGGUUUCUGCUUAAUUCUGAGGCAGCUUAAAUUUGGUGCAUUUGAAGGAUGGCAGUGAGACAGAAAGCUAAAAUCCUCUGUUAUUUGUGAAUAAGGGUAGAGACAAAUAUUUACCAAAAAAUUUAAUUCCAGUUGAACUCCAUGUCUGAGUGACUUGGCUGGUUGUCAUUGUUUCGGCUCUCCAGAAUGGAGAUAUUUCUGCGUGUAAAUGCGUCAGUAUCCCUUGUGCUUCUGUUCACUAGUAAACUUUUUUUUUUUUUUGGUCAUUGCUAAAUAUUAAAGUAAAAUAAACAGUGUUUGAUACCAAUGGGGGAAUGGUUGAUCUUAGAUAAGUUCAAAGCUUGUUUUUUGCAUGUAAGAGUACAUGUCAAAAUUAGUCUGUAUGGGGUUGUUAAAAGUAGUCUCAAAUCAUGAGACCACUGAAGGCUGCUCUGACUGUUCUACUAGUCUGUUUGAACAAGAAAUCUGUUCAGAAUUCAAAUUUGACUUAACUGCUAAGUUAUAGUUGUAUAACAGAAAACCCUCAGUUUGUUUGCUGGUCAGACUUGUAAAAGGUUUAGAUAACCUUUAAUAAAUAAGCACCCUCUUAUUUUAGCUGUAUAAAACUUAUGACUGUAAUGACUGAAAAAUGCAUUGUCUCCAGACAUUCCUAUCUAAUGCUGACUGACUCAUUAAUCCCAUAAACAUCUGCAACGUUCCACUGAUUGCCAUCACUUAGGAAUACCACACAGGAGCUGUCAAUGCUGUGGAUGCAGGCACACA